CGUCACUGUCAAGGCUGUAGUGUUUCUGACUAUGCCUGGUCCACAUCCUUAUGUGUAUCAUUAGACCAUAUCUCUAUUGUCUCAUUUGUGACAAGCCCAGCCAUGAAGGCUGCAGCGAACCUUGAGCGCUGCUUGAUCAGGGCUGUUCACACCGCUCCUUACACCGCGGUGGGCUCGACUCGGAUAACGGGGUCCUUGGCAUCAUUUCCAUUCAUUUUGCCUGUUGUCUCCCGGUAUCUAUUUCCAAGGGGGUCUUUGCAAAGUAGAGUAUAUCAUUCGGACCUACAGCGUCGUUAUAGGGUCCCUACUCUCGUGCUUUCAGAUAGUGUCAGGUCAUUUACGUAUCCGCCUACAACGUGCCUUGGAAUGGCAAUCCGACGAGUAAACUCGACGCAGCGAGGUUCACAACGUGAAGAAAUGACGCAGGAAGGCAUAAAUCGUCACAAUGACGCCCAUGACAAACAUUCGCAUUCGAUCUUUCACUCACAUUCGCAUGAUGAACAUGACCACGGACAUGAUGCAGAGCAGAUAGUACAGGCGCUUCAAACUGCUGGUGACAGAGGGAGCCGAAUAACCCUUAUAGGGCUAUUUGCCAACGUGGCUUUGACUGGCGCUAAGGGAUUCGCGGGCUGGUAUAUGCACUCUGCCUCGUUGCUGGCAGAUGCCGGUCACUCCAUGAGUGAUCUGCUCGGUGAUGUUGUUGUCCUGUUUUGCUGGAAACUAUCAAGGAAGCCACCUUCAGCACGUUAUCCAUACGGAUUCGCCAAAUUCGAGACUCUCGGGACAACUACCGUGUCACUGUUGCUUAUCGGCGGAGCACUAGCCAUCGGCUUCCAUUCGUAUCACCUCCUCGUAGAAGCACUGGCGACGACUGUCUCCACCAUCCCACCCGGCCCGCUUCAUAACCUCCUCCAACAAGUCACGUCUAUUGCUUAUAAUGUUCCUGCUAUAGGCCACUCGCAUGGUCAUACUGGCAUUCUCGACCCUAAUGCGGCCUGGUUCGCCGCAGUCAGCGUCGUAGCAAAGGAGUGGUUGUAUCGAGUAACCAAGAAGGUUGCCGACGAAGAACAUAGCCCAGUGCUUUAUGCAAAUGCUGUUCAUCAUCGCAGUGAUGCAUAUUCGAGUUUCGUUGCCCUUUUCGCAAUUAUAGGAUCGUGGCUAUUCCCUGCAUUACCCUUGGAUCCUAUAGGGGGGCUCAUCGUUUCUUUUGUCAUCCUCAAGCAAGGUUUAGACCUUUUUGGAGGCGCGUUCACUGAGCUUACAGAUGCUGGCAUUUCGGCGAACUCGCAACAAAAGCUAGCACACGCAUUGGACCCUCUUCUCUCCUCCUCGUCCUCCUCGUCCUCCUCAUCAUCAUCACCGCCAUCCUCUGUCAUCGGCAACGGUUUCCAUGACACUGCUGAAUUGCUUGCUGUCCGACAUCUCCGAGCUAAGCGUGCAGGCUCCAUGAUUUAUGUGGACCUUACAGCUGAGGUGCCGAGCAAUAUGUCAGUCUUGGCCACAUCAAAGUUGGAAGUAAAGAUCUCGCAGACGUUAAAGGAGGCGCGGAAGGAGAUCUCGGAAGUCCGCGUGAAAUUUCACCCUGUUGACACGCACGCUCAUCAGAGUUGAUCGCAUUUAUGUGAAUGGACGUAUCAUCAGCAUGUUCUGUGUUUUCCAUACACUACAUAGUUUUAUUGUGAUCUGUGCGUGACCGUUGCAA